CAGUUUACUCCCGCUUCUGUCGUUGACUGGAAUCCUGCCUCCAUCGGUUGAUCUUUCAGUUUUAGUUCAGUUCCGGAGACAUGGUGGUGCCGCAAUUCCUAGUUUCCGUACUGUGCCGCGUACUCGUGAUCAAAAGAGGUGAGGUUCCGCUCCACGUUUCGCUGCUUCCAUCCGGUACCUGUUCGUACUGCUGUCCCAUCAACUUGGACCGCGACAUCGAUUAUCUGUUGUACACCAGACGGAAUCCAACUUACCCGACCAGGCUGGACAUCUCGAAUCCCUACUCCUUGCGGAACAGUAAUUUCGACAACCGAUAUCCAACCGUGAUCUUCAUCCAUGGAUACAGCGACAGUGCAUCCGGAGGUAGCUCCACUACAACUCGAGACGUGUACCUCAAGCGAGGACAACACAACGUGAUACUAGUGGAUUGGGCAAAGUUGGCAGGCUUGCCUUGGUACGUGACAGCUGUUCGAAACACGAAAAUCGUUGGACCUCAAGUCGCUCGUUUUGUGAAAUGGUUGGACGCUCAAGGUGCAGUACCUUUCUCAAAGCUCCAUGUAAUUGGAUUCAGCCUCGGCGCCGAAAUCGCUGGGUUCAUGGGAAAGGCGUUAGCCCCACGAAAAGUCGGUCGGAUCACUGGAUUGGACCCAGCUUAUCCUCUCUACAAGAACACCGGCAGAGAGGGACAUUUGACAGCGGCUGAUGCGACGUUCGUAGACGUGAUUCAUACCGAUGGCGGAAACUUCGGUUUUCCGAAUCCUCUGGGUCACGUGGACUUUUAUCCAAACGGUGGCAAACCGAUUCAACCCGGUUGCACUCUGGGAAACGUGAUCCGCCGAAGCGUUUCGCGUAUCAUCAAUCAGUACAUUGUUUGCGGACACAAUCGAGCUUGGAUGCUGUACGCGGAAUCCGUGACGAAUCCUUCCGGGUUUCCUGCCAGCCGUUGUCCUAGGUGGCGUCCAGAUAUUCGAGCAAAUUGCAUAUGGACCCCUGAGGUUUUAAUGGGAUACGCUGUGCCGUCGACAGUUAGAGGGAAGUUCUAUUUGAGGACAAACGGAAACCCACCUUACGCCAGGAACAUGACCGGAUACAUAGGGAAAUGACAGGCAUCGGUUCGAGUUUGGAUGAACCAAACGAGUAGUACCGAUGUUACUACCGAUCAACUUGUUUGAUUCCUUUAAAUCAUGUCUAGAAGACAUUGUAUCGCUACCGUAAAACGGGAGGACUUGAUUAAUUUCAACGUUUCUUUUUCCGCUCUAAUCAUUUCACAGCGGUAGAUUUUUAGACUCUUUAUUAUCUCGUACAAUUUGUCUUCGAGUCGGACGAUAUUUGUUCUCAAGUCUCGCGUUUACGACGCGCACAAGUUUCUCGUCAAGUCAGGAAUAAUUGUUACCACGGUAUGGUAAAAUGCGUCACGGUGGAAUUUAUGGUUCAAGGAUUUAGAAGUUCGCUAACUUUCGUCGGGCCACUUGAGCAAGAUACCGCGUAUAUAAGUUUUCUGCCUAGCGAUGUGACAAAUCUAUGUAAAUAGUCGACAAUAAAAGUCUCCAUUUAUCGUCGGACAAA